AUGGCAAAAUUUUUCUACUCUGUAGCUAUCAUCUACUCUGCGCUUCUUGUCCUCGGAACUUCAGUUUCCGCCGCGCCCGUUCCAUUGGAACAACGAUCAGCGUUGAUUUUAGGACGAGGCAUCGGUAAUAACAACGGCAAUGGAAAUAUCGGUGACGGACAUGGAAGCGGCACUAACGAUAGCAACACUGAAAACGGUGUUGAUGACAGCUCCCCGAAAAAGACGAACGGAACAAAUAACGGAAAAGGAAAUAAAGGUUCCCACAACGGCGAGAACAAUGGAAUUGGCAAUACCGACGACGGAAGUACUUUUAAUCCAUUUGAUCCAUUAACAGAUAUGCCAGACAUACCAGAUAUGCCAACAGUAAAUCCAGAAGGCCAGAAGGACGGCAAUAAAGGCAGCAAGACAUCUGGCGAGAAAGGUGAUACAAAAUCUGGAUGUAGCAAAGAAGGAUCAUCUAGCUCUUCAAAAGGAGCUGAUGGCAAAUCUAGUUCCUCAAAAGGAGCUGAUGGCAAAUCUAGCUCUUCAAAAGGAAAUUCAGAAACUGAUGGAAAAUCUAGCUCAUCACAGGGGGAACCGGGAAUUGAAGAUGUUAUUCCUGGUCUUAAAAACUGA